GAUGAUGUUUGUACUGAAAAUAGUAACAUCGAAAUGACAAGUAUUUGUGUAAAUAUUGAUUUGUACGUAGCUCGUUAAUAUCAAUGCUAAUUUCGUCUAGUCACAAUAAAGUGAUAAACCCCUAUUGAAGACUUUGUCAGAACGAGGUAAAUCAUUAAUCGAAAGGAAAAUAAAGAAAACAUUACAAUUUUGAUAGUUUAAUAGAUUGUUUGUUCAACUGCUUUUUUUGUGCCUUUUAUAUUAAGAGGAAACACCUCAAAACAUAUGAAGUCAAUUGCUGCAUUAGAAAGAAUUCUAUUAACUUGAAAGUAAACAGAAACCACUGGAGAAUGUUCUCAGACAAUGUCCUACAGAACAUGACAAAUAAUAGCAUCGACACAGAUUUCAUCAUCAUCUUAUAUCACAUUGUUUUCUCUCUAGCAUUCUCAAACACCAACAGCUCUUCGAACGAGUUAUGUAGCACCUGCUCAGAACUUGGACUUCUUCCAAGAUAUCAUUCAAGAAAGUUUUCGCGGUAUUGAUGCAUCCAUUGCCGGCCAUGUUUCGAAUGCAUCACAGUAUACCAAACAAACUGCUCGUCAUCCACCAGUAACUAUAUCACAAAUGAAACCAUUGGAUACUGACAGCGAUGUUGAAAUUAAAUCGAAUUCAUCGUUUUGGUCGGAUGAAGAAGAAGAUCAACUAUUCGAUGAUGAUCGACGUCAAACGAUUCCGCAUCAGAAACAAUUAGCACGAUAUCUAUCAACGGUCAAUCGCUCACUACUCGAUCGGCCAAGUGAUCUGAUUGCUGAUUUUUAUAUUUCGAAAUUGAAUCGUGGUAUGCAAGAUGGCGUACGAAAUGUAGAAAGUAUUGCACGUGAUAAAGCACUGAUGAGACAAAAUCAUAAUCGAGAAUUUCGAGAUGAGCCAACUAAUAAACUGGGUCGAAGUUUAUCAGCUGAACAUUUGUAUCAAGUUCGAAAAGAACAUUUGCGUUAUAAACAACCGUUCAACACACCAACGUCGUUUACAGUGGAAGAUGUGGCUGAUAUUUACAAACCAUUUGUUUUGGAAAAUUACAAACGAAAGAUUGCUAUUGAAUUAGAACGACGUCGAAGAGAAAGACAAGGACAAUUAAUGGCUGGUAUUGGUGCUUCACCUAUGUAUACAUCCGAUGCAGAUAUGGGUAGUGUAUUAAAGUCCUCGCAACCACCCAUCAUCGAAUUGCCAAUCAAUGCCAUCGCUGAUCGCGUCUACCGUCCAUCGAAUUUAACGCAAGCUCGUGUUGUUCGUACGAAUGAACAAGGAGUUUCUAUAUACGCAGACGGUUCAAAUAACGACGUGAUUGUUGUUCGACCACCGAUUGUACGAACAACCGACGUUGUCAUGGGUCGAGCACAUAGAACUCUGACUGAUGAUGGUAACACCGAUGUUGUACAUCACAUCGGUAUUGCUUCACCGCCAACGUCAUUUUCACUUGUUAAACGACCAACUACACAAAUACACAUGUCUACUACAAGCACAUCAGAUCAAUAUGAAACACCGCGUGUAAUUACAGUCGCUCCUCCGGAUUUUCCACAACGUAUUCAGACUCAUAUUCGAACUGAGCGCGCUGAUGACAAUGUAGUUCAGCCGCAUACAAGUGAGCUCAUCGAUGGUCCAUUAACUUCUUCUCAGCAAGUGCUGUAUCAAAAUGGCGAAUACGAUCCAAGUCUACGACGACCCGUUCAGAUAAUUACUUCAAGUGAAGUUACAAUCACGUCAACACCUCGUCCACAAGCCAAGAUUUAUACACCAUCUCCACCACGAGAACCUAUACGCAUAUGUCAAGCUGAUCGCAUCGAGACUGCAUCUGGAAAUUAUGAUCUAUCUAUGGCUAAAGUGCAACCAAUUCUAACAUUAAACCAGGGUGAAAUCCGUGAACUAAAUCUGUUGGCACAACAAGCACAACGUUUACAGAUACCACUACAGGAUUACGAACAUGCCAUGAUUAUGAUCACACCUGAUCAACCACAAUAUCAACAUGAUAUUGGCCGACAACCACUUCUAUUAGCUGCUGCUAAUAUUGGUCAAUUACACGAUGAAACACAGGAACAAGUGACUAACCAUAUUGAACCAGAUAUUCGACCACAAAAUACGCAAUUGAUCACUCCUAUCCCUGAACAUAUGGCUAAAGUUGAACAAGAUAUUGCCGUUUUUGAAAAUAUCUCAUCAACAAACAUUCAAACACCUUCUCGAAAUCGAUUGAACGAGGUUCCGUCAGACAGCGGUAUUGUCUCCUUAAAUACCUCCCAAGCGAGUGAACAACCUAUCGUAUUAAACGCAUCUCGUAUUCGUCUGUUAGAAACUUCCGAAGAACAUCGAUUAGAACAAUUACGCGAAGAUGAUUAUUAUCAACGACGUAUACGUGCAUUAGAUCUUCUUCGUCAAGUUGAAACAGACCCAAAUAUGAACAUUCAGCCUAUUUAUCAUACUCCAAGUCAAAUUUUUGAACACAUAACACCUAUCCCGGCGUCCAAUAUUAUUACAGCACAAACACGUAUUACUGACACACACCGAAUCAAUCGAAUUGAAACAUUAGAACAUACUGAUAAACCUGUUAUUUACGAAACAAUCGACCAAGAAAUUGUUCAGAGAAUUCCUCCACAACAAUAUGUGACAAGUACAGAUGUUCGACAAGAUAAUCGGACAAGUAAUCGAGCUGAAAAACAUCAAGUUAAAUGGGAAGAACCAAGGCCAGCCAAAGAGCAUCGUUCACAACAAAAUCAAUUGACUGACACCACAUACGAACAUACCAGUCCAUUUACUUCUGAUCCAUAUUCCGCACGACACAAUCUACAUUCAACAGAAGAACCUUCUCAACUUUUAUCAACAUCGAAACACACCCAAGACAAUAUUGUCUAUAAUUAUGAAGUGCCAAUUAUUGAAGUAUCUAUCACUAUACCAGCUUCAUUUUUAUGUGAAAAAAAUGAAGUUCCAUUGUCUCGAACAUCAUCGUUUAGUUCGGAUCAAAAUUUAAAACGUCCAACAACCGAUUCAGCACGUAUUGAAUACGAUCGUCGUAGUUUAUCAUCACUCGAUGAUAUAACUCAACCAGUAUCCUACCAUCCACCAACACGAACACAGCACGAUCAACAUUUUAUUACUCAGGAUAUGGACGUAGAACCAAUGGCUUUACGUGAAGAAACUGCCAUUGAAAACGAAGUUUCUUACGAAGGUUCGCUUGGUCGUGCAUCAUUACGUGGUCCUAUCCAAUCAUUGAAUGCCCCGAGAACGCUUGCUGAGACAAAUAUCCCGGCUUUGCUGCUCGAAGAGCUGACUACUGCUAUUUCAGCUGUUGAAGAACAGCAUGCUACACAAAUAAUGAAUAGUGGUUACGAUCCAGAGACGUUCGCAAGAAUUGAACAAGGCAAUCGAAUUUCCACUGUUGUCUACGAUACAGAUUGGAAAGAUGAACAAACCAAGGCACUCACCACUGAAAUGCGACCCAACUCAGCUAUGGCGCAAGAAAAACGGCCAUCAAACACCGAAUAUGAGCAGGCCAAAAUUCAUUCUCCCAAAGCGAUUCUUGCUCGUGAACGCUUCGAACGUAUGGAAAACAAUAAUCAGGAAACAACGGCAGAUAUCGAAACGCAAGUCCGUCAAUCCGAUCAUGUGUACGAAAGCGUUCAUUCGUAUGAUGACCUCGUUUCAGUUGAACAUCAUACUAAUGAAUCGUACGAAGAUUCACUUCUAACCGAACACGCAGUAGAUAAUCAAGAAAUCCUAUGUCGUCCUCUGACUCAUCAUCUGCAAAUGACUGAUGAACACGCAUCAUUAUUAUCAGAUGAUUCUCUUCAUACACAUCACCGAGAGAAAACUAAUGUAAAUUUAAAUGACGUAGCUUCUUUAGAAAAUCCUCUUCGUUCUACUGCUUUUGUAACCCUAAGUUAUCCCCAUCAGAAUCAAGAAAUCAACCCACCAUGGCAACGGAUCGUAGACGAACAUCUUCUCGAACAAUACCAGCACGAAAAUCUCCGACUUCAAACAGAAGAACCAUCACCACGAUAUUUACCAGCGAUCUUACCCCCUGCAAAUGAACAGUCCUUACAUGAGUCAGAGAAUUAUGUUAAAGCCUUGCGGCAAGCAUCUCCAGUACACGAAUACGUUGAUAUUCAAAGUACUGACCGCAUACAAUUGGUACCAUCCCAACAAAUCAAUCAAUCACGACCGAUCUAUCGCGUUCGCCAACAACAAGUUUCAUCAGCGGAUGAACUUGAUUAUUCAACAAUUUCCUCAAUUCAUCCUGAUCACAUUGAUCAAAUUGAUGCAUCCGUCUCAAAUCCACCGUUAGUCGACACUGUUCAUAUUCAAUCACCACCCACUGUCGUCGACAUUGAAGUUCGGGUUCGACCAACCUAUUCAGACACAUCAUCACUGCCAGAUAUGGAUGCAUACUUAACUCGCUUUGAAGAUACAUUCGAACCUGAGCAACAUUUACCAUUGGUCGAUCAAAUUUCUCUCUCGUAUGCGACGUCCUUUCGCUCAAAUCAUGAUAGUACACGCCGUGCUAUCGAACGUUAUGAACAAGAGCAUCCCUAUUUCAGCCGAGCUCUGCCAACAGAAUGGUUCACAUCGAACAUCUUUCCACACGAUGAGCAACUAGUCGAACAAUGGACUGUAGAGAAAAAUCUCGAAACAAUUCAACAGCAACAACAACGUCAGCAAGAACAGGUAGAGUUGAGAACUAAUACUGAGUGUGCAAGUGUUAACCUUUCUGCUGUUACUACUGAUGCUUCUUCUGUUGGUGAGAGGUUCGAAGAAGAGAAAUCGACUAGUAAUACUACCGAUACAACAAACAGUGAACAACAAAUCAAUCAAAUUGCAUCAGCAGUUAUUACGAGCCAUUGUUCACCAACAAGUGAUUAUGAAACCGAUUCACUUGACAAAGACAACGAUACAACGUCUACAACUACAAGCAUGGACGGCGGUCUAAUCGUCGCGACUACCCCAAUGCAACAAAACAUACCAGAUCAAUCUUCAGAUAGUAAAUCUGUUGAUGAUUUAAUUGAUACACUAGAGAAUGAACAAAAGGACAAGACAGAUCUCGUCAAAGAUCUCCUCUUGACACUUAGUUAUGACCAACAUGAAGCUAAAGAUAUGUACCGUGCUAAGGAACAUGAAAUUGUUGAACAAGACGACCAUCUUCUUCCAUUCAAUUUCGAUGAUCAUCAACGUGAACUAUUAAAUAUCUUUUUCGAACCAGCUCAUUUUCAUUUACCAUUGAUCAAUGAAAUUUCCAUCUAUCAAAUCACUUUUCAUAAUGAGCAUCCAUUGUUUUCUCCUUCUUCAACGCUUCCUCUCGCUAUCACAGAUCACGAUGAUCAUCUCCUAUCCAAUGAAUGCAAAACAAAUGAACAAGAAAUACUUUCCAUUGCCGAAGUUCAGGAUCAAUCCGAUCACGAAGAACAUCUUCAAAACAUCACACCCAAACAUGAACACCUAUCCCACAUCGAACAUUAUCAUAUUCAAUCAUUGCAUUCAUUUGGUGAAAAUCUUUCUGUUCAUAUUGAUGAGCCACCGAAAAUCAUUGAGUAUGAAGACGAACAAUCAAUUGGAAGUAUUUUACCUGAUGUCAUACCAUCAACUAUAGCAACUCAAAGCGAGGAAUAUAUUCAACAUGAAGCAAGAGAAGUAACUAUUUUGCCAACAGAUCCAGCAAUUGAACCAACAGAAUUUUAUUCAUCAUUUGAUCGAACCGAAACUGCGCGACAAAGCAAACACAGCUAUAAUUUAGAACGCUUAUCUGAACAGAAAUAUGUCGAAAUCAAUAUAGCCACGCCUACACCAUCAAUGCGUAAAGGUAAAACAAACGUUUUUUCUCUUAUCGGAAUCGAUAUAAAUUCGACAUUUACACACGCACGUCUCUCUGAUUCAUCUCAAAAAAAUAAUACCUUUGUGUCAUAG